AUGGUGUUCAAUGCCAAGAUCACAUCCAUGCGUGUUGACACGCCGAAAGUUUCACCAGUAAUCGGAAUGGAGCAACAUGUAUUCCUUCAGAUUGAGAACAUUUACUAUCCCAUUCUCGCACUGAUUGGCAUUCCUGGUAAUCUUAUGGCGAUUGUGAUUCUAUCUCGUGGGAACUGUGGUCUUUCUAAAUGCAUCACACGUUACAUGGUUGCCAUGGCUGUUGCAGACCUACUGGUGAUAAUAUUUGAUGUGGUAUUAUAUGAGAUUAAUGACACGUAUUUUCCGCAUUCCUUCUUGCAUUAUACUCCCGUUUGCAGCCUCAUCAUUGCCCUGGUGUUCGCAGCCAUUGAUUGCUCCGUCUGGCUAACCGUUGCCUUCACAUUUGACCGAUACAUCGCCAUUUGUUGUCAGAAGCUGAGUGCAAAAUAUUGCACCGAAAGAACUGCCGCUAUUGUAAUAGUGACUGUGGUUGGAUUAAGCUUUGUGCAGAAUAUCCCUAUUUAUUUUGAAAACGAACAUCUGAUAAUUAUUGACAACGUGCCAUGGUUCUGCAAAGUGAAGUCAAGCCUCUACAGUUUACCCAUAUGGGUUGCUUACUUCUUUUUUGACAUUGCAUUAACACCGUUGUCACCUUUCCUUUUGAUUGUGUUGCUUAAUGCCCUGACCACCAGGCAUAUUUUACGGGCCAGUCGAAUAAGGAAAGGACUGAGGGGAGAUGGCAAUACCGAGAAUUGCAAUGAUCCGGAGAUUGUAAAUCGCAGAAAAUCGAUCAUUUUACUGCUAUCUAUCUCAAGCAGUUUUAUACUGCUAUGGAUGGUCACAUUUGUACAUUACAUAUGCACACAAUUUGCAGGCGUCGAGUUCAUGCUCACAGAUUACAACGAUCCUUUCACCAUAAUGGAGCACACUGGGUAUAUGCUGCAGCGCUUGUCCUCGUGCACCAACACAUUUAUUUAUGCAGUAGCUCAGGCGAAGUUUAGAGAAUCAUUGACGAAUAUUGUGAAAUAUCCUUUUACUUUACUGGUUAGAUUCGUAAAAUUAUGGACCACGGCGUAG